CAGCUCUCCUGUUGCUCUGAAAGGAGGCAGGCCGGUGAUUUUCCACUGCCGCUGAUGUCUCCUGGUCCCCCGUUUUAAGAGACAAAGGUCAGAAAGAGAGGCUUAUAAAUAGGCUAAAAUAUAGGCUACCGACGCGUCCAGCCCUCAGUCGCUGUCACGGACACAGGAGGACACGGACAAGAAGAAACGGACAAGGGACCGCGCUCAAAGGACAAUAAAAGGACAAAAUAACCCCGAGAAUCACAUCAGCAGAACAGAAUGGCUCAAAAAGAGAAGCUUCAGUGCCUGAAGGAUUUCCACAAAGACACUCUGAAGCCGUCUCCCGGUAAGAGCCCAGGCACCAGGCCUGAAGACGAGGCCGAGGGCAAACACCCCCAGCGCGAGAAGUGGGCCAGCAAGUUGGACUUUGUUCUCUCUGUAGCUGGAGGGUUUGUGGGUUUAGGGAACGUGUGGCGUUUCCCAUACCUCUGCUACAAGAACGGUGGAGGUGCAUUUCUCAUCCCCUACUUCAUUUUCCUGUUUGGUGGAGGUCUCCCAGUUUUCUUCCUGGAGGUCGCCCUCGGUCAGUUCACCUCUGAGGGCGGCAUCACGUGCUGGGAGAAGCUCUGCCCCAUCUUCACUGGUAUUGGUUACGCCUCUAUUGUGAUCGUGUCCCUGCUAAACAUCUACUACAUCGUCAUCCUGGCCUGGGGCCUUUACUACCUGUUCCAGUGUUUCCAGCCGGAGCUGCCCUGGGCCAAGUGCAACCAGCCCUGGAACACGGAGCGCUGCAUCGAGGACACCUACCGCAAGAACAAAACCCUCUGGGUGGCUGCCAACGCCUCCAACUUCACCUCCCCCGUCACAGAGUUCUGGGAACAUAACGUGUUGGGUAUCACCAACGGCAUAGAGGAGAUGGGUCCCAUCAAAUGGGACCUGGCUCUGUGUUUGCUGCUCGUCUGGGUGAUCUGCUUCUUCUGCAUCUGGAAGGGAGUCAAGUCCACUGGCAAGGUCGUCUACAUCACAGCCACAUUUCCCUUCGUCAUGCUCAUCGUGUUGUUGAUUCGUGGUGUUACGCUUCCUGGUGCUGCUGAGGGUAUCAAGUUCUACCUGUACCCUGACCUUGCUCGCCUCAAGGACCCAGAGGUGUGGAUCGAUGCCGGCACCCAGAUCUUCUUCUCCUACGCCAUCUGCUUGGGAGCCAUGACGUCUCUGGGGAGCUACAACAAGUACAAAUACAACUGCUACAGGGACUGUUUGCUGCUGGGAGCCCUCAACAGUGGUACCAGUUUUGUGUCUGGCUUCGCAAUAUUUUCCGUCCUGGGCUUCAUGGCACAAGAGCAAGGGGUGGACAUUGCUGAUGUGGCAGAGUCAGGUCCAGGCCUGGCCUUCAUCGCCUACCCCAAAGCUGUAACCAUGAUGCCUGUCCCCACUCUCUGGGCCAUCCUCUUCUUCGUUAUGCUGCUGCUGCUUGGCCUCGACAGUCAGUUUGUGGAGGUGGAAGGGCAGAUCACGUCACUGGUGGAUCUGUAUCCGUCCUUCCUAAGGAAGGGUUACCGCAGAGAGGUCUUCAUCGCUAUCAUCUGCUGCAUUAGCUACCUGCUUGGAUUCACCAUGGUUACAAAGGGUGGCAUGUACGUUUUCCAGCUGUUCGACUACUAUGCAGCUAGCGGUGUGUGCCUUCUGUGGGUGGCAUUCUUUGAAUGUGUAGCUGUUGCCUGGGUUUAUGGCGUUGAUAAUUUCUAUGAUGCGCUUGAGGACAUGAUUGGCUAUCGACCAAAUGCUUGGAUGAAAUGGAGCUGGACUGUUAUCACUCCUUUACUGUGCAUGGGCUGCUUCAUCUUCUCCUUGGUCAAAUACAAGCCAUUGACCUACAACAAGGUCUACGAGUAUCCGGACUGGGCCAUCGGAAUAGGCUGGACUCUGGCCUUGGCCUCAAUGAUCUGCAUCCCCAUGGUGGUUGUCAUCAAGAUCAUCCGGUCUGACGGGCCGCUCAUUGAGAGGAUUAAGGCAGUGGCGGCCCCAGUCCGCGGAGGGGCCAGCUCCCGUCCGGCAGAGCUCACCUACUCCCUGGACCCCAAUGGGAACAAGGGCCUCCUGCUGAAGGCUCCCACCCACACUAUCGUAGAAACCAUGAUGUAAAGGAACGAGGUGGAGGGUCUCCAUGAGGUCCCUCUCCUCUCCUGUGAUGUCCUCUAAAAUGAUUUUAAAGCUAGCUAGCUUUCUGUCUGUCUGUCCGUCUGUCUGUCUGUUUGGUGGACUCAUAGGGGUGUAAACGUUCCAGUUUCAAAUCUUUAGGAAUACAAUGCUGUUGGUGGUUUUCUUCAGAGGGCAGCAGUCACACUUCAAAUCGAUUUCUGAAUUCCUCAUAAGCUAAUGUUUUCUAUUACUGAUUUUCAUCCCACACAUGUCUUGUUUGAAAGGCAGCGUGUCAAAUUAGCACUAACUAUUUGUUCUACACUGGUAGCUUUCAGUUUGACUAUGGCUACAGUUGAUAAAAAACCUAUGAUAAAGGUGCCCUGUGUUGAUGGAAGACCACCAAACAGUAUUUGGGGACUGUUGUUGAGCAGAUGCAUCUAACUGAAGACAUGUGCCAUAGGGUUCAACUUCUGUUUAUUCUCCUACGCUGUGUUGAGUAGAGGCCCAGGUUCAAGACCAAGGAGCAAGUACAGCUUUACUAACAAUGUGCCGCCAUUGGUGAUAACAUGCCUCGUCCUCUGAAGAGCCACCGCUGCACAUCAGUCCCAGUCAGGAAGGAAUAUGUACAAUCAGGUCGAUUUAUAAUUAAUUAACUAUAGACCAGAAUCUUUGAAAAUGCACCUUAACAAACAAAUCCCCAUCUUCCUCAUCCAAGAGCAAACGCGGUACUUUGACCGUCGGGGAACCGGCUCCUGCACAAAGAUGAAGGUUUCUGAAAGGAUUUGAACUGUGGUGGUGGAACCCUUGAAUGUGUUGUCUUUGGUGUGACGUAAAGUGGUAGCUACUCAGUCUAACUAUAUCUAUCUCUGUCCUAGACCGGUUUACAGUUCGUUAGUGACUGCACUAGACACUCCUGGCUUUCAGUGUUUGAAUUUGUUUUAUUUUCUGAGGAGGAAAUGACGUCAGUACUAGUUUUUCCUCUGUAAAUGUUUUGAUUAUUUUAUUAAGACUAUGAUGUUAUUGGUAUUCACUAUUGAUGAUAGUUGCUGUAGUUUUACAGAAGAAGUAACACUUCUUAUAUCUGGUGCAAAUACUAAGCUGUUACUGGAGUCCUAGCUUUCCAUCGGCAGUCACUGUAACACGCUGGUUCUCGUCAUGCUUUUCCCUGGUGUCGGUCCUAACGAUUUCUCACUCACUUUGUGUCGGGGGUUAAAACGUUUAGCGCUGCGGUUGUGUGUGGGAACAUUGCAGCAUUUAUAGUUUUCCUCUUCUGCAAAAAUGGGUGACAGUAUUUAUUUAAUUUGGAAGAGUUGGGCCACAAAGGGGGACAAUUGACCGGUCGGUUGGUUCCCAUGAAUAAGAACAGAGCGUCCAAUCACAGCAGUGGAGGCGCUCGUUUAGACCCACUGCGUCCAAAUGUGCGCAGCUCACAGCAGGUUCGACAGGCACAGACAUGAAACAUGGCGUCAACCACGUGACACAGUAACGUAAGGUCGGUGUCGGUUCGACUCAUCCAUCCGUUUGUUUUGCCUGUGGAACCCAGCGUUUCGCCUGAACCGCUGCUUCACCCUGGUCUAAAGUCACCUUGUAAUGGUAGCAACCAAAAUCCUGGUUCUCCUCAGCCUGACUUCACUGUAGGUCAGAGAAUGAUUGUGGAUCAAAUGGGCAGUAAAGGUCCAGCAGGAAAGAGUCGCUGAGCUUUUAUUGCACCUUAUUUGCACUUGGACUUCAUAUCAACCAUAGAGAGAAUCACUGCCGUCUGACACCGGGCCUUUGAACGGCCUCAGCCGGAGACGCUGGCGGCGGCUUCACCUUUAAGUGCUUCAGGCUCCGAAAGCAGAAAUUGAAUCUGACCGUAAAGUUAAGACGCAUCAAACCCAGUUUGACACAGUCUCGUUUCGUGAGCGUCUGAAUCGCAGUUCGUUCCACUUCUUCAUCCAGACACAGUUCAUAUCAUUAAGAGCAGACAUCUAUUUUCAUACAGUGAACUUUUCCUACGUGUCGUCUUUGUAACGCUGCCAUUCAAACUCUCCAUUUUAAUACUGAUACUCUAAACUUUUUGUACACAUCUGGUUCGUGAUUCCCUUGAAGGUUCUUUGCACUAAUGUAAGAUAUUUUAAUGCCAAAAGAAAGAAAUCCUCAGUUUCCUUCCAGUAAGAACAAUUAGUGUCAGACAUGUUUUUAUAAAUUGUGACAUUUCAGAGCCUGAGUAUGUUUUACUUUUCAUUUUGUCUGUACAGAUUUUAUCAACACAGCUGCAAAAAUUCGAAAAUGCACAAAUGACAAAUAAGGAUAAACUGUUAAACCUUUCAAAUUAAACGUUCCUUCUCUCUGGAGGGAAACAUGGACUAGAAAUAAUUAAGUAACUAGUAAUGAACUAGCCGUCAUUGAUGUUUUGUGUUGUGUAGUUUCUUUUGUUUGUAGCCAUCUCUCAUCCACUUACUCCUAAACCCUGUGUUAAACUAAGCUAACAGAGGUGAUGAUUUUCCAAGAGUAUCAAAGUUUUUACCACCGAAUGUUGAAAUGUGAAAGUCACCUGAAAUGUAAAAUGUCUCAAAAUUAAUUUUUUAGGCAGAAACAAAUAGUUUAUUUUUAUCUAUCUUGUUUUACUGAAUUCCGCAGUUUCUUGUUUUUAAUUGUCUGUCACUUUUGCCUUUGUAUUCCAAAUAUAGUGUAUUUGAACCUCUGUCAUUGGCGUAACGUAUAACCGUCAAUCAAAAAGAAAAAAGCUACAGUACAUGUUAUGUGCAAUACAUUGUAGAAUACUUUAUUUUUUCUCAUGCUGUUUCCUUUAAAGUUGGUACCAACCUGCCUGCGAGUCCUUGAAGAAGGAGGUUUUAUCCUUUGGGUCCAUUUAAAGACAAACCUGCCACAAAAUGUUCUGCAGUGUUUAACUAAACCAAACUAAACCACUGUUUCCUUUUGAGAUUGUGUGGUUUAAAAUGCACUGAACACUUGUUGAUUUCUAUUCUGCCACAUCAAACGGAAUCUCCUCGUGUGAUUUGAGUUUGGUUGACAGUUGCGUGUGUGAGACGUAUGUGAAUCAGUAACACUGCCACUAAGCCCAGCGUCCCUCUGCCUUUUCUGCUCCCGCUGCUGCUGCGUUGCCAAAAGAACUCCCCAAAAGCAUCGCUUCGCAGCGUUAAUCUGUCCAGUGUGCGACGCAUCGGCUCGAACCAGCACCUAUGAUCUGUCAGUCUCAUUCCCACACAGGAACAAACACCUUGGAGUCACUGGGUGCUUUUGGGAAGAAUGCACCGGCAACACAAGCAGUAACUCCAAUGGAACCCAGAUUAGAGCGAACCAAAUGUGGGCUUUUCUGUUUUGAACCUCAUGCAAACGUUCCAUCCUGCUUGUUCGGACAUUUCUAUCCAACCUCACGCCACCAAACCUCCUGCAACCUUUGUGCUUUAUCUAAAUGACCAGACUGCAUCUGCACAGAAAUGGACGAACACGCGGCUCCAGAAACGGAGCGUCUGCUUCUGUGGCCGAUGUGACAUUUUAACAUCUGACCGUCUUUUGUGGGAUGUGGUUGCAAAGGUAGAAACCGGGCUCCAUUUUCCAGCAUCCUCCUUAACGCCACCCAAGGUCUUGUUUAACUUAAGCGUUUGCCUUGUUUGGACGACUCUAUUAUUGAAUCUAACGGCUGUAGAGGCAACUUUCCAUUUUCCGCUCUGCAUAAAUAGAUCUGGGCGCUAGGGCCUCUGGGAAACGGAGCCCGCUCGUCCUCGCUCUGAGCCCGGGCUCCAACGCCGCCGCCGUCUUUCCUGCAUUACGCCGUAAACCAGCCCUUCCUUGUUGAGAAUGUACACGGGGAAAUGUUUUUUUAAUUCUUGUUGAAGAAAAAACAUUUUUAAAGAAGAAUUUGAAAGGUUUUAUUUUUUAUUUCUAUUAAUGACCUGGAUGUUAGAAAAAAGAUUUAAAAAAUGUGUUUGAACAGGUUUUACAACUUUUUUUAUUUCUUAAUUAAAAAACUGUCUUCAGAAA